GAUUAAACGAUUCGAGGAGAAGGAGAAUGUAAAGGAAGAAAUCGUUUUUCAGUAGUUGUUUUCUUCUACGAUGAGAGACUUGGAGCUUCAGGGCUUGAAGUCGCUGAAUGCCGUCCCUUUAAUACAAAUUAAAGUCACCAAUGCUUCGGGGAAAGAAGUAGCUUUGACGGUGUCAUGCAAAGAUAGAGUAGCUGUCGUAAAAGAUAAAGCUUUAGGUGGAGAAUUUUACAAAGAUUCGUCGUCCUACAAACUGGUUAUUGGAAAAUGUCGUCGUAUUUUAGACGAUGGAAAAAGUUUAGAAGAAGAAGGAGUGCAAGAAGAUGACGAGCUGGUUUUACUCAAACGUCGUCAAAAUACGAAUGAAGAUAAGAACCAGAAGAGAGUGUCUUCUAAGGGGCCAGAUAUUGCCACAAUACAAAGACUAACCCUUAAACUGGAAGCAAGAAAAAAAGAAGAAACGCCACCAUCCUCAUCGGGAGGCAGCAUUGAUUUCAACACAGAAUUAAGGAGAAUCUUGGUCUCACUUAUCGACUCUUCAUUAUUGCUUCAGUCUAUUGAUGAAUACGAUGAGGAAGGCAACCUUUAUAAAGGAACCAGUAAUGCUGAAGCAAGCAGUAGUUCUUCAGGUGACAAGACAGAUGAAGGCCUUAAAGGGAGAAUUGAUGAUGAUGAAUUCGCCGUCAAUCCAGAAAUUCUAAAACAGUUUACAGAUAUGGGAUUUACAGAGGCUAAAGCCACGAAAGCACUACGUAUACACAGAAUGUCACCAAUGCAAGCCAUGGAAUGGCUCUUGCAACAUGAAAGCGACCCAGAUCUAGACGAGUCUGAACCCUUAACAGUUGGUUAUAGCAGAACAAGACGGAAACGAAGAGAAUUUACACCUAACCCGAGAGCCGUAGAAAAUCUUAAAGAAAUGGGUUUUCAAGAAGAAGACAUUCUAGUAGCGCUGAAAGUAACUGGCAACAACCAAGAAGCAGCAUGUGACUGGCUGUUAGGGGAUAAAAAAUGUGGUGUUGUAAAUAUUGAUGAGGGCCUGGACCAAGAUAGUCCCAUGUACAAGGCUAUUAUGGAAAACCCGAUGGUUCAGCUUGGCUUGUAUAAUCCCCGAAUUCUUGCAGCCUUUGAAGACAUGCUUGAAAGUCCCACUAAUAGUGGUAUGUACAUUAGCGAUCCUGAAACCGGACCAGUGCUGCUCCAAAUAUCUCGAAUAGUUCAGGGUUUCGCUAGAUAGUAUUGCCAGAUAGUAAAACCAAUUAAAACGCAGAAUGAAAACGAUACAUUCCAACUUUAGGUAGUGGAGCCAAUCAGAAACCUAGACUGCACAAGAAUUGUAAUUUGACCCUGAUGUUACUUGAUGGCAAUCGUCAUUUUCUCUUGGAAAUAAAAAGACAUGUUGAAAGGCUAUUGUUUUCUGCUGAUUUCUGAUUGGCUCCACUACCCAAAGUCGGGAUGUAUUGUUUUUAUUGGUUCUUGCUGUCUAAGUGGCCCCGGUUAUAGUAGUUGCACUGUAAAUAUUCUCCCUUCCUAUACUUUAUGUCAUCGUUCUCUUCCCUCCCUAUUUUUUUUGGCCCUUUCACCCUCUUUUUACCUCUUUCCUGCCACUCCCUUCUAUCGAUUGGAGGGGGGGUUCGUUUUUUCGUUGUUUCUCACUCUUUUUUAUCCGUUUCUCCCUCCCUGAUCCGUUCAUCUCAUUCAUCUGUAAAUAACUGACUGGGUUUGUCAACUUACCAAUAAGUAUACCCGUAUUUCAAAAAACGUCAGAUCCAAGGGAGAUAGGUCAUUCCAAGACGGAAACCGAAACCCGAAGGAAUUGUGGAAAACAAUAAGUAGUUAUUGAACGGAACGAGGUUCAAAAAUUGUGAUAUCUUAGUGGCGAGCAAAGCAAUUAUUUGCCGAUGCCAAAGGCGGACAUACUAACAAAUCACGAUAUUAUGUGAUAACCGAGUUCAAUUAUUGUUUUAUCAUUCAGAUGAAUUUUUUCCUCUGUGUGUGUUUUUUGGUUGUUGUUGCUGUCUAACAAACAUGACAAGUCAUCUUCUGACAGCUCAGGAAAGCGCACCAUGUUGACAAAUGCGGCUACGUUACUGCGCAGGUGCAGACUGUUCUUUGCAGCAAAACGGCUUUGCACCUUAAUGCGCAUGAGCAGAUUAUCAUUUGUAGGCAGUUAUUUGCAGUUAUGUCGGCCAAAAAAGACAGGGAAAAAAUUGAAUGAUAAUACCUUGUAUCACAACACUAACCUCCGUGCUCUUAACGAAGAUAAUAACUAUAACCUAUCAGUUUAAUUUAUUGAAUAGUCCCUUUCACAGUUCCCUGCGCCAUCUUGAAAGGUAGCAUUGCCUUUGCAUCGAAGCGAGAUGAACGGUGAGCUUGCAAUGAUAAAGACAUGUGAAUAAUUGUCCAAGGUGUUAAAAAAUGGCUCAGGGAACUGUGAAAGGGACUAUUGAUAGAUUUUUUUUUUCUAAUUUUAAUCUCAGUAGUUUACAGAUGGCCUAUUUCGUUUGCCUCCGAUAACCUUUUCUGAAAUAGGUAUAUACGAGCCAGGGUCAUUUUUAUUUUAAAUGUACAGUCAUUUUUAACACAAAGUCAUAGUGUACGUAGUUUCCUCAGUUGGUAACCGCCAUAAGAAGUGUCGGUUCCAGGUCUUUCCUGCAAAGACAGAAGCUAAGAGAAAAAGACUAGGACCGGCAACCUUAAGAGAAAGAACCAUUCUCGUACCCAGAGCCUCCUCAUAGCGAAAAUCGGGAAAAAACAAGCCAGGGAAAAACCCUAAAAUUCUAUGGAAUUCCAAUGGCUGUUGAAAAUUACAUAACACUGAACGAACUCUGAUUGGACAACAGGAUAAACAAAAAUACCAACGGAAACCAAGCAAGACAAAUCGACAGGAACGGUCAUGUUUCUUCGAAUCUCGAAUCAAUUCCUAUUUCCAUUUGUCGAACAUAUAAACUUUUGCAAUAACAGAAGACGCAAACAAACCGUUAGAAAGGUCGAGCAUUUUAAAGUCAGCGAUCCUGAGAUAGAGCAUGCGCUCUGACGACCUGGUCGCAAGAUUCUUGCUUCCAGUCAGUGGGGUUUCCCAGAGCCUACGAUUUUUGCGAAUGAGUAGGGUCUGGGAACGAGAAUGAGAAAGAACCUACUUGGGGCUGCUCACGUGUCUAAGGGAGCAGUCAUUAUUUAAGUCGGAGGGGGGAGGGGUGGAGAAGAAAAUGUUUUUGAUGCAAAGCAUUUUCCAGACCCCGACAAUGGCAUUCAUGUUUUUCGGGUACCCCUCUUCAAUCGUUUAAACAAUCCUCCCAAUCAUCCUUUUGACCUUUCAAGGCCCCCUAUGUUCCACUAAACAAAUUUGAGGGUCCCCAUUUUUUCUUCCACCCCCCACCCCCUCCGACUCUUAAAUAAUGACUGCUCCCCAAAAGCGUGUCUUAAAAAAUCUUUUUUUUUUCUUUCAAAAAAUGAUUAAAAAAUUUGGCGUGCUUAAAUUGGUUCCAAUAUGGACUUUAAUAUUCUGCAUAAUGUAAAAGAGCAAGUCGGAGAAUCUCUUUUCCUUCUCGAAAUUUUUGUACCUCGUGUCCUAUAUUCAGAAGACACGUGACCAAGCAACCACGACUAAGAUUGACCUACCUUUACCGAAGUAAAGCCGAACAUGUGCCGGGGUAUAAGGUUUUGGCCGACACUCAUAACGAUUGCAUAUAUAUAUAUAUAAACAAUCAUCAUUAUAUUUGGCCGGGGGAGCGACUGUGUCAAUAUGAAAUUGAAAAACAUAAAUGUACCACGACCGAGAUA